AUGAACUUCGAAAAUCCUGUUCAUCUUGUUGCGGCCACUGCGAAGAUAAGGGCCGAAUAUCUCAAAGUUGCCCGUACUGUAUCAAUUUCCGUGCAGCAAGCGACAAUCAACAGAAAUGAUCCCGUAAAAGGCCCUGUUUGGGUCAGCAAGUACACUGUCCCUAAACCGACGAACGAUACCUCGCGAGAUAUGCUCGUGUCCUCCAUUGACGAGACAAACGAGAAGAACGUCCCUUACCACCGUCCAGAUUCGACGGCUCUCUCUUUCGAGUGGACCGGCUUCCGCAGCAAUGUCAACAACCAUACUCCUGAGCCACCCCUACGUGAGGAGGAGAAGUUCAAGCUUAUACAUCUACGGUGGCAGUUUUAUGUUAAAUACCUCGUCCAACUACCGAAGGACAGUACUGAUGGUGCAUCAGCGUCUGGCCCCGCAGAAUGCAUUCCCGGCUGCUUUGCUGGGUGUGUUCCAGUCCUAUCUCGCUCUUCCGACACCGCCCCCCCGGGGAUCCCUACAUAA